AUGACAUCGACUACACUAUGGGGUACUAAUGACAUCGACUACACUAUGGGGUACUAUCUUGCCGAUAGUAAUUAUCCCAAAUGGCCAACGUUUAUGAAGACGAUUCCAUCACCCCAAGGGAAUAAGAAGAAAAACUUUACCACAGCACAAGAAUCUGCAAGAAAAGAUGUCGAGCGUGCCUUCGGGGUACUUCAACAACGAUUUGCAAUCGUUCAUGGACCUUCCCGAUUAUUCAAAGUUAAUGACCUAACAAAUAUAAUGAAAACAAGUGUUAUUCUACAUAACAUGAUCAUUGAGGACGAGCACGAUGAUAGUCAGGGUCUGAACAUGGAGUAUGAUCAACUUGAUGAUGAUAUUCCAGAAUUGUCGCGCAAUCCAACAAAUGAGUUUAUGAUCUUCAUUCAGCGCUAUCAUGAAAUUAGAGAUAGCUCGGCACAUCAUCAACUACAAGCAGAUUUAAUUGAACAUCACUGGCAAUUCCAUUCCCAACAAUAG